CUGAUUCCGACAUUCAGUCGCAAUAACGAAGCCUCGCCGACGACGUCACAACGUCAGUGUAUAACACCAUAAACACUGUCCAGAGGUCUUUAUUCCGAUUAUACACACACUCACACUCACAUACACACAUACACAAGCCUAUCAACACAAUCCCACGAAUCACGCCCGUAACAGCACUGCUGCGCCGUGGACUGUAACGUUACGUGUGGCAAUUGAUCGCAGUCCAUCACUUUGUGUGCUAUUGUCGAGUACUCCUCACACUUCAGUCUCGUCUGCGUUGACCAACUCUUGACGGUUCUUGUUAUUGUGUCCGUGUCUGUCCGCACACGAUACCACCACACCCCCAUAUUUGUCGCAUCUUCAUCAUACGUCUGACAAAAUGGUCUUGUUGAAAUCCACCGUGGUCGUCCUGCUGGCCGUCGCGUGCGUCUCUGCCGCCAGCACGAUCGUCGCCAAGCAGUCGCAAGAUCACGUCGAGCCAAAUGUCGACCUUUCCGCCGAAUCAACUAAAUCAUUACCAUCUGUAAGCAGUACCACACUUUCAACACCCAUUGCUGUCACUAAUAACACUACAUUGGUACCACCAACUACUACUACAACAAUUUCAACUACAACUGGUUCAACUACCACAACUUCAACCACACCUACAACAACUACAAAACCAAAUACCACAACCACAACUACAUUAGCACCAACUACUACACCAAACUCAACCACAUUAGCACCAACCACAAUAGCACCAACUACUGUGAGUCCAAAUACUACGACGACUGCUUUACCUCCUACUCCAGAACCAUCUCCUGCUAGGAGUUGGGAUGGUCCAAGUUUCUUAGGUGGCAUGGUCCUAGCUUUUGGUAUUGUUGCAGUUGGAUUUGUUGGAUACCGAUUCUUCUAUUUAGGACGUGGUGGUGCCUACCAUACUUUGUGAACAUUGAUAAUCUGAUCAAAUUAUAAAAAAAUAUAAUAUUUUUUUUUAUAUAUAGGGCUAUUUAAUUUAAUUCAAAAACCUAUAUAAUUGUAAAAAAAUUUUACUGAUUAAUUAUUUAAAAAAUAGAGCACCUUUUCUCAAAAUUCAGUGCUCAUUAUUUAUUUUUUAGUGGUAUAUUUAAAUGCUUCAAACAAAAUUAGGAAUUCGGAAAUCCAUCGUAGAUAAUAGUAUUGUUUAUUCAGUUCAUAUUUGUUUUUUUUUUUUUUUUAAUGAUGAAUAGUCAACAUUUGACAAACUGUUCUUAUUCAAUUUAUUUUGGUGAUAACUAAUGUAAAAUUAUUUUUAAGUAUUUUUUUAUAUAAUUAAACGCUGUAAAGAUAA